CCGGCGAUGGCUAGGGGGGAAGAGUGAGAUGCUGCAUGGAGAGCAAGUCAUUAAAGGCAGACGUGGGGAUGGGGGCAUCUCUGCUGGCAGCUGUGUGCGCCGCCACCGUGUCAAGCCCGGCCGUGGCUCUGGUGGACGAGAGAAUGAGCACUGAAGGAACAGGGCUGCCCUUCGGCCUUAGCAACAACCUUCUGGGUUGGAUCCUGCUGGGUGUCUUCGGCCUCAUUUGGGCUUUCUAUACUGUUUACACUUCCGAGCUCGAUGAGGACGAAGAAUCUGGAAUGUCUCUCUAAUUGUCCUCUCAUUAUUUCCUUCUCUCUGCCGCCUCUAAACUUGCAAACUCCUCUCCCUUCCUAAAUUAAGCUUUGUAUCAAUACUACUUGUACAUCUUUUCCCACCCAAACCACUUCCUUCUUUCUUUGUUCAUUUGUCACUCCAAUUCCGGAGCAUAUUGCAUGCAUGCAAGAGUCACAAUUGCUAUUAAGCACACUCUUAAUUCCUGUAUUUAA